UCGUUUCAACAUGAGGGCCAAAAUAGUGGCGAUUUACAGCUCAGCAGAAUGAUGUCGGCUGCAACCAGCCUCCGUGAACAACAGCAGUUUAAAUUCAACCUUGGAGCUAAGCCUUUCUUGCCAGGCGAGUACGGAAACUUCGGACCAGGCAUCCUUGAUGCCGAGGAUACAUCGUUCUCUGGGAAACCCACAAGUAAAUUAAACUUAAGGAAUGGCCAGACUCUAAACUCUACUGUAGACCAGUUACAAGAUGCCUUCCAAAUGACGCACCUCAAUAGCAACAACACAGCAGCUGGUUCGGAUGUCAGCCGGACACAGGGUACUUCAGCAUCGCAAGGAUUCCUACCGUGGUCCUACAUGCCCCCGGGUGAAAAACUCGGCUUUCCGUCGGCCUCUGACACACCAAACAUAAACGAUCCUCAUGGACUUGAUAAAAGCGGGAACAGCGAUUCGUUUGCAUUGGGGAAUAGCACAUCGAGUGCGACUUUCAAUCGUGUGUUUGACGAUAUCGUGUCCAAGAUUCUCGACGUGGAUGAUGAACAGACGUUUUCGUCAUCUUCCAACUUUCCGAAUGGUUUCAGUAAUUUCACGACGGAUCGCAACCAGGAUUCUACAAUUUCUCAUUCGAACAACUCAGAUCUGUUUCCUCUUGACGAAUCUCCAAGUUUUAUCCCAAGUGUUUGGUCCACCGCUGGUCAAGUUGAGAGCACGCCAAAAUCAGAUCGCAACUCUCUGUACAACAGCCUGGACCAGGGUUACAAGUCUCAAGACUCGAGCUACUGGGAACCGAGUGUCGGUGACAGUAUUCAGUCAUUACCAGACCGCCCUUCGCCUGACCCUACGUCGUCAUCUUCUUUCCAAAACUCGAGAUUCUCAAAUCUCCUUCAGCCAACUUUGACGUCCGAUUCCAGCUUUGUGUUCAGUAAGACUUUCCCACAGGAUGGAGAGAAGGCGUCGAGCGCGUCGCCAUCGUCUUUCUUUGGCGAAUUUAGUUUGGAGGAUAUCAAGGCACAAGGUGAUGCUGGCACGAAUCGGUUUAAUCAGAAUCAGAUGCUGCCACAGGGAAAUCAGAAUUUUUCUCAGAAUCAGCGCUCCGUGGAGAAGUUUUCGACUCCGCCUCAGGAGGCGUGGAACAGCCGCUCUGGGUUUCCACAGAAUAAGUUCAUGAGUCAGAAUAAUCAGCAGUCAGGUCAGCAACAGAUGCAAUCCCAAUUGAUGCCGGGAUCACAGUUCCAAGGAAAAAGUGAGAAGUCAUUCCGACCAAUCAGGAACCAAGGCGUUGACUCGUCGAUUACGUCGUCGCUAGAGCGCGAUAGCCAAUCACAUUCCAAGGGUUACGGUGUGAUGCAGCCAAUCAGGAUACAGACCCAGACGCCGAGUAACUACGGUAGCCAGUCCUUGCCUUCGUGGUCGAAUCCAAGUACGCCCAAUUCCAUGUCGGAUACAGGCGGCAGCGUUUCGUCUAGUUUCGAGAGUACGGGUAUGUCAAUUCCAAAUGCAAGGUUCCCCUUCCGUAAUGUCCGUGGUCCGAAGUUUUCACAGUCUCCUCAUAGCAGCAAUGACUCGCCCCUAAUGCAAUUGGAACGGCGAAAUCUUCAGGGAAGUACAGGGUCACUCGGCGGGUCACCAAACUCUAAGGGCAACACAAUGCAGGGAGUCCCCCGCCCGAUUCAGGGAUCCGGAAAUUACAAACAAAUGCUGUCACAAUCUCAUGAGAUGAAGCAGCAGCACUCGCCGAAUAACAUGAACAUGCAUCAAGGACAGAUAGGCACACCACCUGGUGGUGAUCAUAUGCAACAUGAACGUCUCAUGCCACAUAAUUACCCAAUCCCGGAGCAAUUCAUGGAUCGGAACUCGCCCUUCAUGAAAGAUAACAUGCGACGCCCGCAACAACGAGAGGAUAAUAUGCAGUUCCCAGAUUUCUCUGGUGUUGGACCAAUGCCAAUCCCGCCUCAUCUAAUGCGACAAAUCCAGGAGAAGUAUCCGUACAUGCCCCAACCUCACAUGCCGGGGGUGCCACCUGGGAUGAGCCAGGAGGCGUUGGAAUACUACGCUGCAUUAGGCAUGGAUCCGUACGGAAGAUUUCCUGCAUUCUUUGGACCGAAUGAAAUGGUUUACGACAUCCCACCUCCUCACUUCUUCGCUGGUAUGCACCCUUACUUUCCAGGGUUUAGGCCUCCGAGGCGAACUGGGCCAUCCAACGAACUUCACUCACGACUUGAAGAAUGUUAUGACCAGUUCAAGAACUUGGAGAAGGAAAGGAAGAAGACUGAAGCAGAGCUUGCACGCCAGAACCCAGGGAAGAAGAUCUCAAGUGCCAACAAUAUUGUGAUCCCGCGGCUACCAUCAAAUCCUUCUCGAGUUGACAGAUUGGUGGUCGAUUCGCUUCGGGAGCAUGCCAGGGUGAUAACUCUUAUCAACAAGAUGGAACGACUUCGCGACGAACCACUCCAUUCAAAUAUUCACUCAGCAAUGGAACGAUGGAUCGAGGGGAUCAGGAAGGUACAGGCACGCCGAAAGGAGGAGAUCGUAAAUGCUACGAAUCGUCAUAGGAAUGGUGGUCCUCGUUACCAGGAAGAGAAAGAUGUCCUCGCUCUCGCUGCCAGCAUUAGUGAGCUGACGACGCACACCCGACAGGCCCGCACAGCAAUGUGGUGUGCCCUUCAAAUGAGCAGCAAGGAUAGGCCAACGGACCAAGUUGUGCAGAGCGCCAUCAGGGAGCUGGAACAAGAACUAGCCAAGGAGGAGAGGCAGUCAGUGGAGUCAGGCGGGAAUGAUCUCACAAGCUUCACAAGGCGGGAAGACAGUAAUAAUAAUCUCGAAAAAAAGCACCGGACUGUUUUCGGGCAGCUUGUCAUGAUGAUUGACGAAGACGCAUCUGCCGACGACGUAAUAGAAAAACCGAAGACUGAUUCAACAAGCGAAGGUCCCGCAAGAAGAAUAAAGUUUGAAAUGGAGCGUCAGGUUGUUCCGUCUUGCAAGUCUGAAAUGGAGUUUCAGACCAUUCCCUCUUGCAAGUCAUGUCUAUGUGACAUUCGCUUAUUUGAAAUUUAAGAUUCUUGGCCUUGUUGUAAUUGAGUGAACUUUAAUCGACACUUUGUCUAAUUUUGAGAAUUCUUGUUUGAUACACUAGAUUAGUGGAUUUUAGCUAUGAUAUUCAAAUCAACCAUUCAAGAACCAAACUGAUUUUGGUGGGUUUUUACGUGAAGAAUGGUCAGUAGUUAUUGCCAAAAGAAGAUUGUCCAUGCCAUGAAUUGGCCAUGAUUGUCCAGGCUAAGUAUUCUCUGUUUGAAUAAAAAGGUGAAAGCUUUCUAGCUUUAUGAACCUCGUUUUGAAAAGUUUGUGGUGUUUUCCCGCACGAGAUGAAAAAUGUCAAUACCUCUUUUACAAAGAUCAAGUAAAUAUCCGACCCGUAACAAGUCCAUUCACUGUUUGGUGUGGUUGUUAAUAAUCCAACUACUUAAAAAAAAAUAUUGCCUGAAAACCACAUCAUGGCCACAGUUUGCCCAUUUGCUGAUUCAGAAUUUUUUCUAAACAGAAUUUUGUCUGUUUAUUACCUACAAAAAUGUCAUUUUUGAUUCUUGAGGGUUGUUGGGAGUCCAAUUUAUGAGAACUCGCGCAUUCAGAGUGAAUGUAGCUGUUUGACCUGUUCGUCUGUAACCUAGAAACGUAUCCUAGUGGUUUCCAAAUCAUUGUAUUAUAUCCAAUAGUUCCAAAUUAUUGGUCGAGGUUUAGCUGUUUGUGCAUUCGUGGUGAAUAGACUAGCAUUUUUACCGCCUUAUGCAUCAAUAAGUCGAAUUUGGAGUUUCAUGGUUUGUUCCUGAGAUUUAAAUCCUGCAUGAUUGAGUUCCACAUUUUGGUUCUAGAUGUCUCUGUGUGAUGGCGUAGAACUUUGACACUUCGUCACCUUACGCAUUGAGAAGUGACACGAAAAUAGUUUCUCUGAAUUCGACAGGAUUUCUUUUCAAAAUCAUUGUAUUUUAUUAGUUCCAAAUUUGAACCCUAGGUAUCGUUGUGCAUAACGAUGAAUAGUUUUAUCUACAUUGUCGUUGAGAGUUGGAAUUCGAAUUUGAAAUAUAUUUGUAUAAAUGGUGAAAUCAAGGCUAGGAUAUUUUUCAAUGAUCGCAUGCUGCUACUUGUGGAUGUGAAAGGCCGCGGUGGCAUAGUUUUAAUACAAUUAUAAUACUGUGAUAUAAUCUAUUUGUAUGGCUCAUCAAUAUGUAAAUUGGUUAAUUAAUAUGUAAAUUGGCUUAUGAAUAUGUAAAUUUGGGGUCUUAUUAUAAAUAAUCAAUUUGUAAUGCACCACUUUGUGUUUUUUUUAGAAUUUUGUCCCAAUGUGGGCACCACUUUUGCAUUUUUAAUUAACCAUUGUAUAACGUGUACAUGUGUUCUAAAUCAAUACGUCUCUGAAUUAGUGUAUUUUUGUGUUUGUGCAAUUGGUGACUUUGGCUUAUAAUCAUUAUUAUCCUUUUAUGGUUAGACUUACAUGUAGCAAUGUUAAUCUUUCAAGAACUUGGGAUGCAGAAAAGGUUUUUGCAGAAGAUUUGUCAACAGUAUGAAAUUUUGGUGACCGGUGUUAAGUUCUGUCGCCUUAUCCUUCAAAUUCCCCCCUCCCUUUUUUCUGAUUUUGGGAGAAAGUACCCAGGGAUGUGACAAAGUUAGUUCUUUUUCUUGAAAAACAUUGGAUUUGACUAGAGAGAUAGAAAAAUCUAUGUCUGUGAAUUUUCAAGAUCCGACUGAAAAUAGGCAUUUUAACGACACAGUUUUGCACAAUGUUUUAAAGGCAGUUCUCAUGGCAAUUUUUAACUUCAUUUGCUGCUCUGAACACUUUCACAUCCCUAAAGUGAAAAUACCCCGACAGUCAGGAUGCAGUGGCCUUUCUCUGGGGUACACAGAUUUCCCAUCUUUAAAUAAAAGAAUCCAUAACAAGGGGAAGUACCAGAAAAUGAUUGGUUCUUGAAGGAUUACAAGAAGUGUGUAGACAAAUUUUGAACCAGUGGUCUGUAGAUUAGAUUUCUCUAGGUAACAUAAUAAUAAAUCAAAACCUAUUUUCUUUAGUACGCAAAGGUAACCUAUUUUUCCUACUUAAAGCUUUUUCACGCCCUAGGCCCUAUGGUUUUGAGAUAAGUGUCAUUGACUUGGGCACCUGGUGGUGGUGUGGUAUUGUAUGUUAGGAGUUUGGUGGCAGAGUUAGUAGUAAUAGAGAUGUUGCGCACCCUCCGACUUCCACUCCGAUGUCUUCCCCGAGGUUGAGUUAUAGUUCUUUCGAUAUAUUUGAUUUAGUUUAAUUGAGAAACGUUACUCUAGUGUAUUACACAGUUUAUCAAUAAUGUGAAAAGUUCAGCUGAAUCGCAGAUGUAAUUUGACGACUGUUGUUCACUCUCAAAUUUGAAGUCGGAGUAGGAGUCGUAAAUGAUGUGCAAUCUCUUUGAAAGUUUACCAAAACCAUCACACACAACAAGAGCCAGCAAUGUUUAGAAAAUCACAAUGAAGUAAUAAUUUUCUUUUUCUGUCUGUAAACUUUCGUAAGGUCAUUUAAGAAAUGAACCAAACUUGCCCAUUUGUUACCCAUUUUUUGUAUCGGUAUAAUGUUUUUGGACAGCGUUGUAUCUAUCCUCAUGCCUUCCAUGGGAAAGCUCUUUUUGGAAUAUGGUUCAUGGGUAAUGGUAAAGUAGAUCUACUGACACUGCACCAACUUGACAAAUUUUAGGUGAUGUAGCUUUCAGCACAAGGCAGCCUCCCAAUACAGGAUCUUGCUGACCAGUGCAUCCAGAUGUUGUAGAGUUUAUAUAAUAAUUUAGUUUAUUUUAUGUAGAACUAGAAGUGAUAUUUCCAUUGUUCGGAGUAAAAUCCAUAACCAGUAUUGAAAAAGAUUUGUUUGAUCUGUAGUUUGGCCAUUCGGUGACUGGUGAUCCUAGGAUAUCACCUCACAAAUUUAGCUCUUGAAGGCAGGUUCUUUCAAAAUGCAACUUUUCACUUGCAUUUCCUUAUUUUAGCCGUCUUUGAUGGGACUUGCUUCAAGUAAAUGGUUGAAAAUGGCCAGGAUCACCUGUCUCCUGUCAGUACAGAUCAGUCCCCAGCUGUGAUCAAAGUGGUAUUGAAUUCCUCAUGCUUAACAAUCUGCUCUUGCACCGUUAUGAUUAAGGGAUGGCGUUCUCGGAGACCAAGCAGUUUCUCUCCCAGCGACCUGCAACAUGGCCACGACAGCAGAGACAAGACCACAAUUGAUUUUUUAAGCCUUUUAGCAGUUAAAUUGUCAAUGUUUGACUGCGACGCAUCAAAGAACGCGUGGUGUUGUUAAUCUGAAAUUUAGAUUAUGUUAUUCCGGACAGUCGGGCAAGUAAAUGGUGAAAAAUAAAAUGGUGAUUGACCACGGAAAUUUUUUGAUAAUCGACAAAUUAGACAGACUUUGAUAUUUCCACUCUUUUCAGCCAACUGGCAGAAAAAACUCAAAACACUAUUACCCAAUUAGCAAAAUUCGAAAUUAAUUUUUUCAUCAAAUAAUUUCUUUAUAUCUGUAGACUUGCACAACAAAUAUUUUUUCAAUACCUCUCCAAAUAUGUACUUGAGAGUUAAAAACAUGCACUCGUCUAAUUGAUAGGCCUCGACCCUCCAACCUAUGAAUAUUCAUUAGUGGUCUUGUCUCAGCAUGAAGUUUGUAAUUGGAAGCUGCCAUUAAAUUGGUAAAGUUGCUGUCAUUUAUCAUGUUCUCAUGGCUACAUCGCAUGGUGCAACGAUAGAAACUGCUUGUUUGUUGAGCGCUUCAUGAGCACUUGGAGGAACACAAACAUUAAAAAUCUUCAUUCAGAUGGCAUUUUGUGGCCUGAAAAUUUCCGAUCAAACUACCUAAACCACCGAAAGUGAUUUCUUUUGGUGUUCCUCCACAGUGACAUAAGCAAACCAUAAUUUCUCCCCAAGCUGCUGACCUGAGAGUUUGUAAUGAUAUGAUAUAACUGCCUGAAUCCACCCUGGAAUACCAUCUUAUUUUGAUCUUGUGUAUUUCAAGAAAGGCCUCCCAACUUACUGAGUAGCCUCAUUUAAAACCUUAUUGGAAGACUCAAAAAACAAAUAUUUUCCAAAAAUAUUAAGAAAAUUUCUCCUUUUUUAGGAUAGUACAGCUCAGCAAGUUGGAAGACCUGUCUGAUUCACUGCAAGUUGGGGAAUUGAUUCUCCAGGUUAAAUCUGCUUUUAGCUUAACUUCCAUUAACCAAUAUUAUGGCUUCAAGAUGCUGUUUAUUUUUUCUGAAAUAAAUUUCUGUGAUGGUGUUUUUUCUGAAAUGACUCAACAUAGAUGUAUUUGCUUAGCAGUAUGUAACUUAACUGAGCUUUUCACCCCUUUAGCAGGGAUGAGACGUUUCCGAUUUUUGGAGGAUCCCUUUUUUUUUCCUCCUCAAUGAAAGGGCUUAAUUUGACAGCAGAAAUGGUAAGAUCUAUGCCUCAGCCUUGUGUAAAACUUUGAAUUUUGGAAAACGGUAAAAAAUCACCAUUUUAGAGGCCAGGGUAGGACAUCAUUUUCACAUUAAUUUUUUACUCUGGCACUGACUUAUCCCUGCUUUACCUGACUUAGAACCUUUUGUACCCCGCUGCCCUCCAGAUCGAACUAGACCAGUAUAUGCUACAUAAAUAGCCAAGUAUUUAUUAAAUGUUCAAUUGAUUAUAAGAUCGUUAAUCUGCACUAUAAUAUUUAAUGAGCACGUAAAUGAAUGAUUAAUUAUUAUGCAUUAUAUUUUCAAUUUAGACUAUGAAGGCUUUGUUGGGAUGCGAGUCCAACUGAUUUAGGAAAAUAGACCUUCGUUCUCUGUGCCUGUGGUGGUGAAGUUUCACCAAUUUCUACGAGCAUAGAAAAGAAGGGUGUCCAACUUGCAUUGGGAAGAAAAUAUGAAUUAUCUAGUAAUUUCGAUCAUAGUCGUGUGAUGUCUUAUGUGCAUGCAUUUCAUUUCUAGAUCUGAAAUGGUAUUCUAUAUACUUUCCUGUUGAAUAAUAUUGUUUUUGUCUUAAGUGUUACUAUAUACGUUUUCAUGGACAUAAAAAUGUCCAUGUCAUUAGUAGAGAUAAUCAUGUCUGUACAAGUUAUAAUUCUAUAUACCUGUUUUUAUGGAGGGCAGUAGGCAGGAUGAGCAGCAAGAUAAAAUACGAAAGCAUUAAAAAAGUCUCAAGUUAUAAAUAUUAAAUUAUGUGUUUCUUGAAAAGUCAUAUUGUCAAAUCUUUGAGACAGAUUUUUGUUUUUCGAACAUGUAUGUCAUGACUUUGUAGAUUUGGAAUGCCUAAGUGAAAGCAGGUUAUAAGAUGGCGUAGCCCAACUUUCGCAUUCUCUGUCUUCUGUGUAACUGUAAUCUUCAUGUAAAAGAAUCUAGUGUGUUCCUUAAUUAGGUCAUUAGCAAAUUGUACCGACUAGUUGAGAUUGUAGCUGAUUAAUUAGCAUGAUGUUAACCACAAUUGAUAUUACAAGCGGACCACUUUGUAUCAUAAUGCACAUAUAUGGGAACAUUUAUAAUCAUUGGAAUAUCAUAGGACAAUGUGUACAUUUUUUAACCGCCCGUGUUUUUCAUAACGGGAAUUUAGCUUUUGAAGUAACGUAGUGGUCAUAGUAGUGAUUGGUCACAAUUAGCGCAAGUAUAAUAGUGUAUAGCUAGUAUGAUCUCUAUUUUCUUAUAUCAAAUGGAUAUUAGAGUUAAACUUAGUACUUGAAAGAUUAGGAUACAUGUAGGUCUAUGCCCCUGGGAAUACCUUGACUCGGAAUACCGAAUUUUUCAUAAGUAUGCGUUUAGUUUGUGUGUGUGUGUUCAUUUUUUUACCGUAAUGCAAAUAUGAUAUGUAUAUAACUCUUUACAUUUUGUGUUGAAAUACCAAAGCAAUAACCAUUGUACUGUUUAUGUAGAGUGUGAAGUUAUGUGUUGUAGGUUAACACCCUCCCCUCUUGCUUUUUCAAAAGCUCAGGAACGACUUGACUUCCUCAGCUAAUUUUUCUAUAGGUCCCCAGAGUUGCCUGCUUGGUUGUGCAUCAGUAGUGUAUCAUUCCUUUAUCAUAAUCAGAUUUAUUACAGACCAAUCUUUAAUGCAUUCUUGGUUUUAUCUGGCAAAACAGUUUUAUGCAAUUUUUUUCUUUGGAAAAAAUAUCCUCCCGAGGAAUGAUUUGUUUAGUUGCAUUUUUUUUGGAGGAGAUAAACAUAAAAUUCCAUUUGGUUCGGAUUUAAGUGCCAAUAAAUUAACCAUUCCCUGUUCAUAUAUCCCUGUAAGAAGAAUUUUUUAACCAUUUUCAUGUAAAUCAAACCUGUGAUUAAAAAAUAUUGUGCUAUUUUUUAUGUGCCUUUGUCAAACAGUCAUCAGUUAGUUUUUUGAUUCAGUCGCGGGAUUAACUAUCGUGCGUUGGUCACGAAGUUUAAUUGUUUUUCUAUAACGGUAAAUCUCCCAUGAUCCUUUAUGGGUCUAUGACGGGGAUUGCAUUUCUUUUUCCGCUGAUCUCGUCAUUUUCUGUGUUAGUCUCGAGCAAGGUAUCCCAGGGGUUGUGUUCAGUAGAAGUGCCAAAGGUCAUGGUUGUGUAGUUCACGAACCUCGUGGUAGUUUGUUUGUAUGUAUGUUUUGUAGGUGGUAUUGUAGACGCAGGCGGUUUUGUACUUAAAAGUGUUAAAAAGUUUCGGAAUUUUGAGUAAAUCUAGAAAGGAUAUCUGCCAAAGAUGCAAUAAUUAUUAAACAUAUCUUCCCCUGUUAUGAAUUUUAGACAACUUCAUGAUUUUGAGCAGGGCUGCCGAAGUGGAAGUAAUCAUGUAUGGUUUGCCAUCAACUGUAUUAAAAUGGUCACAAUAGUUGCCCAUUAUGAAAAGAAGAGGCCCGGGUAGACUCUGUGCUUUUGAUUUGAGUGGUUGCAAAAAUAUAAUGCUUUUUAAGGUUCUCUUCAUGAACAAUUCAGUAAUGUUGACUUAUUCAAGACUUAAUUUCAGAGGAAAUAGUUGUAUAAAGACAAAAGUGUUCUUACAUGUAGGAAUUUAUGUUCUGCUUUCCAAAGGUCACAUUUUGAUAAAACUGGUCUUUUCAUAAGAUGUGCUCUGCUCAACUAGAUUGUUCUGCUCCUGGCUCAAAAAAUUGUGAUAAAGUCUUAAAGUUCCUGAGAGAAAUCCACUUUCUACUGAUAAAUGUCCUUCUGUUUGAAUAGCACAGAAUUAUUCCUAAUAGUACCUCAGUUUUGAUGUUUCUUUGGCAGUUGAACCAGCGCUGUAGUGAUUUAUUGAGACUUAUCUUGGUUUCUGUUUGGGUAGAGGGUAUAAAAACAUGAACCUAAGGGGCUUGGACGUUUUAACAAUGGGGUACCUACCCUCUGGAAAAUGUGUUGCUGUAAAAAACGUCUGUAGGUGUUCGAAGGUUACCCCACUGUUCAAAGUCACUCCAUGUGACGGUUGCUAAAAAAUAAUGAACUGUUUUGUAUAAAGAUGCUGUCUCCCGGUGAAAUCUAUAUAGUUUUCAGUCUCGUCACUUGCCUGGUGUUUCGACAUCUACGUCAAACCUGUGACUUGUGACUUGCCGGAUUGCCAAUUAUCCCGGUAUGCAGAAACCCGGUAAAAUUGGACAGAGCUAUGCUUGACUGCUGUAUUCUUCCACAAAAUACAAUGGCAUACAUAACAUAAAAUGCAGGUCAAGCUCAUCCUUCAAUAUGAUAUGUCGGUCAAGCUCAUCCUUCAAUAUGAUAUGUCGGUCAAGCUCAUCCUUAAUGCGAAAUGUAGGUCAAAUUGGUUAAUUUGGGUCUGGUUGGAUUAAGGGAUAGUUUCGAUGAAGUGUAAGAGAAGUGAGAUCCCUAUUGUCAACGUAAUGUAACUUUAAUCUUACCUACAUGGCUCCUGCCUACAGAUAGUCUCCUUUUAGAUAUUAAAUAAUGUUCUCUAGUUUUGGCCAUGCAUAGAUAUUUAAUAUCAUAUUAGAGGGUCUUUGAAGUAUUAUAUAAGUCUGCAGUCACUACAUCGCUGGUUCAGGAAGGAAGUAGCAUCACCAAUACAGUUUUCACAAGAAUAUCGAGUGAUGGUUAACCCUUUAUAACCGAGAACACUUCUUUCAAAUUGAGUGCAAUUGGCGAGGACGACGUUUGAAGUGUUGUGCUCCGAGUCAUAACGCCUGUCUUUGAGAUGGUGUGCUAUUGCAGUGGAAUACUAGUAACAAGUUCUUAGUUUAUUGUGAGGUGAUGUGUUUUGACCAUACCUCUACUUGUAAUUAACUCCAGUAUACUACUGAUUAUUAGAUCAUUGUUAUUGUUAAUUAAGCGUGGUUUUGAUAGUUUUCAAUGCAAAUAAUAGGCGUUUACGUUGUCAUGCAAACUGUUCAAGAAAUUGUUAUCUUUCUUGCAAUAUCUUUGUAAAUUAUUUCUCAAGGCAUUAUUGGUGGCCAUGUGGUCAACUUUUUCAAGGAAAUGUCACUGCUACUUGAAUUUUAUUUGAAAAGUGUUUGCAAUAAAAUUUGUGGGAUUUUAUUGUGGUGGUUUGACUGCUCUGAAUUGGCAUGCAGAUCUCACUCACCUCGGAAAGUUUACAGCAUCAGUUUGGCUUCAAUAUUAGGGUGAGUUUGACAUUUUGAGAGGUUCUGUGGUCAAGCCAUGAGUGGGGUACCGUAGGUGAGCAUGGUGAAGGGGGAAGGGGUAGUAAGCACUACUGAAAAUAAAUCGCAAAUUCAUGUUUUCAGUCUUGAAAAAGUUGAUCAUUCAGUGUAUGUGACCUUAUGCAUAAUACUUUCUUCUGCGAAUCUCUGUGUAUUUAAGUCAUUUGUAUAGAGCCUUUAUUCAUUUACACAUAUUGUAAACAUUUGAAAAUUUAACACCCAUGUUUGUGAAACUUUUACACUUUUAAGCAAAGUGUCUGAAAUUGCAGCAAAAACUUUCCUAUUUGAUGAUUUAGUACUCACCAGCAAUACAUUUAUAUGCUGACGUUGACCUUUUCUGACAGAAUUUCAAUAUUGUUCAUACUUUCUGUAUCAAUGGAAAUGUUAGGGCGAUGGAUAAUAUUUAAGUGAUGAAAUCAUGUUUUGAAAGAAGCCCUUUAAAUUCAUUGCAUGCAAUAGAUUAAAAUAUUUUGUGAAUUGGCACCGAGUUUAUUUGAAUUUUAUCGGUAGCAUCCUUGGUCACCGAGUUAUGUGCCCUUGGUACAGUGUUUUGCUUGGGAGUCCUUUCGACUCUCUGUGACCAUGUUAAGGGAGUGCCUCUCAGUAUAAUGCAUGUUUAACUUUCUCACGCUGACCUCCAUGAGGCAUGUGCACUCGCGGCAUAUCUUAGACGAAUAUCCAGGGUUUUUUAGUUCGUUCUUAGGACUUGUAUUUAGUCAAGAUAAAGGAAUUUAUUUAUUAGUUUAAAAGCGUGUAAUUAGAGUCGUAUGUAGAUUUUUCAGACUAACAUAAAAUGUGUUAAAAGGUAAAAAAAUAUCACCCCUCUGAACCUAGUGGCAUAAUCCUUGAUGCAUUUUCUGACAUAGAAGAAGCCAUUCUGGUUGCAAGGGGUGGAGGUUUAUAUACAAAUGUAGAAACGUGUGGAAUAAUACACUAUUUUAAAAUCUUGAUAACUUAUUAGGUUUUCUUGUGAGGAAUAUGUUCUGAUGUAGUUCUGCAGUCUUAUGACGAUGUAUGAAUAUUAUUAAGUAAUUUGCAUAUCUAAUACCUCAGUCAAGCGUGCGAGUCUGUGUGUACUUGUUGCUUUGUGCAAUCAAAUGUAGGGGGCGCUAGGUGUGGAGUAGUGUGGGUUCAUUGACCCUUUUGGACCGUGCACGGAUGCUGUCAAAAAGAUGCGAUGAUUUGAUGCCAAUCAAUCACUUAUUAAAGCUUUCACGCCUAACAGACUUGUACCUAGCUUGUUUGGGCGGUGCAUAAUCCCACCCCACUCCACUCCCAAAGCGCAGUAAUCAUGUUCAUGUUCAUGUGAGAAGUUAAAAUUCUGUUGGAAGUCACAAAGUUGGGAUAAAUUGAUGAAGAGUUCAGGUGCAAAAGCCACUAAAAGCGCAGUUCCCCAAGAAAUGAGAUAACUAUGGUAAAAUGAAGCUUACACUACUCUGGAUCUGAAUACCAAACCGUUUUAUGGCAAACCCGCAAAAUCCUGUUGUAAUAAGAUAUCAGUUCUAAUGCAAAUCCAUUAGAGUUGCAGCAGAAAGGUUGCGUUAACUUGAAAAGACCAGAAGUACAUGUACAUAUACUCCAUCUGUCACCUCCCCUCAUCGUUGAUGCAAAGAAGAAAGUGGAUUUACUGGCUUUUGCAACUGAACUUGUCUAUUUUCCUGUUGUAGUUAAGUUAAUCGUUUGACGUUUUACUGUACAUAUUUAUGAUAUUGCCAGACCAUUUUUGAGUCUUUUUAAUGCCAGGUGUCGUCCCUGGCUCUCCACUGGUUGGAGACACCUCGACUUCACUGUGGUCGUUUGUAAUUGUGGGCUCCUCGUUGACUCGGUAUUGGAAUUAAAUUUGUUGUUUUUAAAGGAGGGCAGAUUUAUAGUGGUAAUUUCGCUUAGUGAAAUCAGAAAGGUCCAAAUUUUCAUCGAAAGUGUUUUAAAUUAUAUCAGAAAUUUUUUUUGAUGAUGAAGAAUUUUGUAUUGCUGACACUGACUGGCGAUGAUUAAAGUCGCUUGCAUCAUGUUAUUGUUAAAUUGUAACAAUAGUUCUAAUUGUUUUAGGAUUGCAAGUUCUAGCCAAACAGUGUCUAUGGUCAACCCUUGAAAUGUCAGUGCAACUGAGAUGUCAGUGCAACAAGAGUUUUGCCUAUGAUAAGAGGUUAGCAUGCUAGCUCUCACAGAACUUGUAAAAUGAAAUUUAAUUGAAUGCCUUGUCAACCAGCUUGUCCACAUGUUUGUUGGAGGGAGAUUUUGGCCUCGAUUGGCCCCCUAUAUUUCUAUAAUCAUCUUAAAUGUGUGUUUCGGCUACCCAAGUUGUUCACGGUGUCUGUUUAUAGUUUGGUGCGGUGAAUCUGGACCCAUCUGCAGACAAUCUUAUAUACCUUAUCCUAUUUUCAUUUAUAGCCAAUUGGAACUUUUAGCUCCUACAAACCAGCGGUCAACAUGAAUUAUCAUAUUUUCUCAAAAACUAGUUACGGUUGCAAGGAGAAUUCUGAAAGAAAUUAAAUUAAUCGUUUGACGGGUUCUAAAGAAGAUUGAUUAUUUUAACUGUCUGUACAGUAUUUCUUCGAUUUUCUACAAAAUCUGCUGUCAGGUUUGUUAGAGGAGUUUUAAAAGAGCCAUGGCAGCUUUUCAACUGAAAACCAUUCUUUUUAACAGAUUUCAAUUAAAUCUCCUUCUUGUCUUCGUCCCAAGAAACUUUUAUCAUUGACUUCAAAGAUUUACACUUCAAAGUGUUCAAAACGAAAAAAGCUUGUUAUUUCAAUGACCAUGCCGCUUCUGAUUGGUCGGAUAGUGUGUUGAUAUGUUUAUGUGCUUAUUGAAACUGGUCUUUUAAUGUAGUUGUAAAAUUUGUAGGUUUUUGACAUUAUUUUGUUCACAAUAGAACUUACCGUAUCGAAUAGGACAUUCCAGGUAUGUUGAUCCCUAGGACGAAGGUUCCCUUUUCUCUGAAAAACGAGACAUUGACAAGAAUUGUAUCAGUAACCUGAAAUUCUGAUAAAAAAUACUUCAUUCAUGUUUCCAGAUAAGCGUAUUGUAUCCACAAUUAUCUUAGGCCAGUGUGCUCACAAACUACAUCUAGUAGGCUUUGUCUGUGAUACUCCUCGUGAAGAGCUUUUAUCUGGAAGCAGGUUUAUAGGGAGUCCUCGUGGCACAAGAGAUCUGCAAAGAUCUUUCGGCUUUAGAAAUGAUGCAGUUACAUGUACUUUGAAUCUGUUUUGAGAGGCAGGGGACCUAAGUUCUAGAAGGGUCAACUGUGGUAUACAUAUGUAGGAUAGACAUUUUAAUAACUAUGAACUAUUAUCAAACUGUUUACUGUGCAGUGCAAGUCUGUGAUUUUAACUUUUGAGGAAUUUUGUGGAACCUUGAACCUCUAGAUUUAGAUUAUCACUGGCGUGAGUUUCCGUCUCACGGCCGUUUUAUAGUGAUUUUGAUUCCGUGGAAACAUCGUGUGUCUAGUGGCAUUUUGCAAAAUGUGACACGUUCGGUUUUAAAGUAACGGUAAUGACAGUGUUGAUAUGUAUGUUCGUAUUUUGAAUUUUCCGUGCUGAUAUGUGGUGGUCAUGUGGUUGAUUCAGUGGUUUUUCGCAAUUGUAUAAAAGUUUUGUGUUUACAGUUUCAGGGUUCUCCAACUACUAUAAGGUUCUUGGAUGAGGUGCGCUUAUUUCAGCCACGAAAUCUCCCUCAUCAAAGCUAAAUAAUGCAUACAAUACAAAUCAUCCCCAGGAGUGAGUUUGUGUUGCACACGUUUUUCAGUGCGUGAUCUAUACCACGUUUACAUGGGAGAUCUUCAGCAACGAGCCGAGUUGAACAGUUGGAAAACCCUGAGUUUCUUGAACAACUAUUCGACAAGUCUAAAAUAUUCUAUGGCUUAUAAUGCCAUAAUUGAUACACCUGCACUGCAAUAACAGUACUUCUGGGCGCCUGUUACCUUUCUAAUGCUCGUCAUGGUUCAAGCAACAAGAUCCACGUCUUCUGGUAAUGUACAUAUCCGCAUUAAUUAUAUACAUGUAAGAUCAAUGCGAGGUCGUGGAAGUCCUGUAUUAUGGGGUAUCGGUUUAUCUGAAAAUGGCAUGUUUGGCAUACAAGGUUUUGAGAUUAUAACAUCUCGGUACACGCCUCUGAUAAGGAGAAAUCUUGCCCCAGUUUCCAAAUCCUUGGAAAAUGUGGUAAUUUGGAAAACUAGUAAAUAUGUGCAAUGUUUUAAUCCAUCUGUUAAUUGUGACCAGAAUUUUCUGAAUGGUUAAAAAUGAGAUUUAGCAUAUAUGCGACUCUCAGACAUAUUCUCUAUCACAAAUGUUAUAGAAGUACAGGAUAUGAACUUCAUUUGAAAAGAGCACAGCAAUUUUUGCUGAAAAAUUACACUCCGUCAGUCCAACAGUAACUCUUUCACUACCGGACCAGGGUCCAUUCACCGGGUACAACUGGCCCACAGUAUACGUACUGCCUAAUUUUUACCAAGCUCUAUCGUUUAACCACAGGCACUAGAAGUCUAGUUGGUUGCACCUGAAAAAACGAGAUGGCAGCACUGCAGUCAACUCGACGCACACCUCGUCCCUAAGAUUGGGUAAUGCUACAUUAUUUCACAAUGAAACUUUUCCUAAGCCAAGUUAGGUACACUUCUAAAACCCUAUGGAAGCGAAAGAGUUAAUGUAUAUUAUAAUUCAUGUGAUUUGUCAUCUCCUGGAGUUGACUCUACCUCCUCUAUGGAAAAAUGUCCUUGUCUAAUCUGUAUAAACCGAUUUUCAUCGGACACACAUUAGCAACCUACUGGUACUUCAAUAAUCCGUUGUCUUUGCCGUGUAUUUUCAUACUUUUGACCUGAAGCUUUUGUAGACUGCUGAUUGUGACGUGUUGACCAUGUUUCUCUGCUUAGAUCCCGCGCAUUUCGUGUAGAAAUUUUAUGAAAAUUACCAUUUCAAGGUUUUGUACUUAAUAUUAAUGAUUGGAUGUGAUCUCAGCGAUCUAAUAUCAGUCUUUAAAAAAAUUGUUUUAAACUUUUUUAUCGCUGCUUUUGAAUGACUAGAAAAAGCUUUGUGUACACGUACCUAGUCCUUGUUGUAUCUUUUAGACGAUAACAAGAGAGCCAGCUUGGGAUUAUCGAGGCAUGAACUUGGGGAAUUAUUCCGAGGUGACCUUACCUAGAUAAACUGAGAUAACUUCACGUGAUGCAUCUCCGGCAGCUUAUAAUUUUUAUACUGUAACUGAUAGCAAUGUGACACGCACAGCUCUCUUGUAAAAAGAAUUGUUCUGUUCUGAAUUUGCAACUCCCAGGAUAUUGACGGUAUGUCAUUUGAUCAUAUUUUCAUUUCCCAUCUGGGACAGAAUUCAACUUCCAUGAUUUAUGAUUCACAUGAGGACUGGAAAAUGAGCAGUUUAUUUCGGUUUUGCCGGCUACGUAGCGAAGGCAUUGAAGAUUUUCGACAGUACAGUGGAAUCUCUCUAUUAAGGACACCCUCAGACUGAAAAGUGCUGUCCUUAAUGGAGAGAUGUCCCAAUUACAGAGGUCAAUUUAAAGGAAAAGAACCAGUUUGGGACCAAAACUAGUGCUCUUAAUAGAGAGGUUGUCCCUAAUAGAGAGGUGUCUGCUGAGGGAGGUUCAACUGUACCUCUGUUCGUAUGUGGACUGUGAAGUGUGAAUCCAUGACAUGUGGCUAAGUUUUUUUAAGUAAAUUUUGCAAGAACAAUACAAUGCCUCUACAUUUCCUGCAAUUGUGAUCAGAUGGCAUACGAACUGCUCAAGAGCUUUUGAAUAACAGACCAAAAUGUUUAACUGUAGUUUUUAAGCAUGUCCUUUUGUAACAACCCGUUGUCGAGUUAUACCAGUGAAAUUGUUGUGCUGUGCUGAAAAUUCAGGAAAUUAUUACUGGUAUCUAUGCUUCUUCUCUCGGUCUUCGUACAUUAUAAUUCAACACUUUCGCUUCUGUUCUUAUUGGUAAAAUCUCGGACAAGGUGAAACAUAUGACAUAUAAUCUUAAAGCUGGUCUAUAAUCUAUUAAAAACACUAAGUUUCUGUUGUAACGUUCUGUAUUACGAAAAUUCGUGUUCACUUUUCAUAGAACUUUCAAUGAUAUUUUUAGCAAAGUCAGACCGAGGUAAAAACUGUGCAAAUCCGAUGAAUUUGAUGUUGUGUUUUGAUGGUUUCGAAUGUUCACCAUUUGUCAUUGCUGAUUAAAACGACACCGGUUGGAUAGCCUCUCUGCGAGAGUCGUUCGACUUGCCUGCAUUAAACAGCUCCCAAGACUUGUGCAGUGUGAACCCUGGACAGCCCUCCCCCAAGAUGAUCAACGUUCAGUCGACAGAGGGUCGUGAUUUGACACUAUUUUACCAGCUUGUGAAAUGGGAUCAUCAGACGGUAAUGGAAUCAUUACAAUUCCUGAUUACGGCCGAAAAGGUAGUCAAUUGAGGAAAUAAGAUGAAGGGGUCUACAGGUAUUUGAUACUGUCCUUAUUUUCUUUCUUAGACAGUAAUUCGAAUGUUUGCCAAGAAUUCAGCGUUUAAUUGCCCCAAAUUGGUAGUCGAUCACUGAGUAGAAAGGGGGUCCAGGUUUUAAAAUGGCCACUGCAUCACGAAUCGCUGACUUGAUGAAGCUUACGCGCACAUACUUCAAUGUUAAGAUAGAGUUACCAGAUUUUGAUGAGAUUGUAGGUUUUUAAUAGUAUUCAUUAAUACUCUGAUAGAUAAAUAGGUAUAAUGUCAGGGAGUCUCGAGGGGUCCUAUCUUUCUAUGGUUCUGUAUUUAUCAUGGGCGAUCCCUUACAAAGUUUUAAGGGGCUAUCCAGGACACGGAACAUUCUCGUAGCUUGUUCCUUACAAACCUAUAUUAUCAUUAGUCCAGUUUCAAUGAGUACAUGCAGUAUAUCGAACUUAGUGUAGUACCGUCAAUACGGAAGAAAAAUUUGGGAAAUAGGUUCUUAAUUCAUAUGAUACGGUAUGGAACUAGAAGUAAUACUUAUUGAUUGUUUAUUGAAAUUAAUUGAAUAGUACAUAUAAUUAAGUGGGACGAAUGGCAUUAUAGUUUGUUAAUUCAUUUGAAAUUUAAAUGAUUGUUAAUGAACAUUAAAAAUGCUAAUUAGACAGUUGAAUACCACUUACAUUAUGCAUAUUCAUAUGCAAUUUUAUUGUUUGAAGUGUAUGAACCCCAGGUGAAGGUCGUCGUAUGUGCUGUGGAAAAAAGAUCUUCGUGUUUUGAUUGAAAUGCCAGAAAUUGCUCUUGAGCGUUUAGAUGUCCUUAAUCCUAGAUAGCCAACCCUUUCGCUGCGGCCGCCACUUUUGGCCGGUGCCAUCUUGUGCUGACAGUUGGAACCAAUACUGGAUGCCAGAACCUCCUGUUAUCUGAAUGGUGGAAAGUGUCCCCAUCUGUACUAUUAAGAUAAAAAAUAAUCUUCCUUGGGUGCAUCCUGCAUAGAAAGGGUGCGCCCAAGUUCUGGUGAAUAAAACUUUAAACUCUUAGGACAUGAUCCACGUCACAGGCUUGUCAUGGGGCUAUGUGCAGUCACCCGCAGCAAAAGGGUUAGUAUUUCUUCCAAAUCAAUAUAAAGUCCCUAUUGAGUGUGUCACAAAUGCUAUGUUCCUGACUAUUGAAUAAGAAAUUUGAGUUGGAAACAAGGUGUUGUUAAAAGUUUUGAUUGACUUGAAUCUGAUAUCAGUAAAAUGAGACAUAUCAUCAUCGGCGACAUCUGUUUCUGCAACACAAUGCAAAUAAUUCGCUGGACCUAUUUGAACUGUUUUAUUCAGGACUCAAGUGUCGACUUCAAGAACAUAAUGUACAGGCCUACAUGUGUACUGCCAAACGGGGCGGGUUAUUCAGCGAAGUGCUUUCUUUUAGGCUGUGACUCUCCUCACAAGGUUGUUGACAUCGUCAAUCCACAGUCAUAAAAGUAUAUUGCUAUUAUCAAUUUGGAAAAAAAUUGAAAAACCAGACAUGACAUGCCUCUUGUUCUUAUUCAUAUUUAAGAAAAAAAGAAUGGAAAUCACGAGGCAGAACAGGCUUGACAUUCUUGACAGUGAGGCUGCAUAACUUCAUAAUAAUAUUGAUGUCAUAUUUUAUGCCGACUGAUGGGAGUCCUACUGUCAGGAAUAGGCAUGUACUGUCAUAUCUCAACCAAUUAUAAUUGGACUUACUGGACGAUUGGUUGAUGACUUACCGACUUACUGAAUUCACAGCCAAAAAAAUUAUCAUAGUUUUACUGGCAUCUUUCCCCCCGAGGUGAUCUUUCAAUUUCAUUCACCGUGGAUGUGAGACUGCCCAAGUGGCCCCCUCACAGUAGAUUCUAAUCAGAUUAGUAAUGUUGAUUCUUUGCUGGUACGAAGCACCAAGCUUACAUUUUUCUUGGAUUUGAUUGAUGUUUGGCAGAUGAUAAUAAAUACAGUUUCAUCCAACAUGUUUGGAUUAAAUUA